GAUGAGGUAGCCGCCGCCAUGUUGUAGCGGAGAGCAACUUGUCCCGUAGAAGUGCCACAAUCGCCCCAGACUGUCGGCUCCUGAGUCAGAUUUACACAUUUUAACACGGACUUUUCUCGUAUACGGUGCCCUCGGUCCUCGCUGACACCAUGAGCGGAGGAGGGACGCCUUACCUGGGCAGUAAAAUCAGCCUUGUGUCGAAGGCCGAGAUCCGCUACGAGGGAAUCCUGUACACCAUCGACACAGAAAACUCCACUGUCGCACUCGCCAAAGUGCGUUCAUUUGGGACGGAGGAUCGUCCAACUGAUCGACCCAUCCCUCCUCGAGAUGAUACUUUUGAGUACAUCAUUUUCAGAGGCAGCGACAUCAAGGAUCUGACUGUGUGUGAGCCGCCCAAAUCUGCCUGCUCCCUGCCCCCCGACCCCGCCAUCGUACAGUCAUCGAUGAGCUCAUCCUCUGCCCCCUCCUCCUUCCAGUCCACCUCCUACGGCCUGUUUAACCGCGCUCCUGUGCCCUCCUACAACCAGUUCACCUCCAGUCCUCUGGUGUCACCGCAAUUUGGAGCUGUGGGAGUUGGACGCUCAGUGCCUGCUCACUCUUACAGCAGCGCCUUCGGACGCUCCUUCGACUCUCAGGCUGUGGGGGCCUUUGUAGAUGAAGGUCGUACCAGUCCCUCUCUGGACCCGUUGAGGAAGAGCCCGUCUGCGGUUGACCCCUCCGUGACUUCCAGCCCUGCCUCUGGCGCUACCCCCUCGGCCCCGCCCCCGGCUCCGGGUCUGGGUCAGAGGAGUCCUGCUCACGGGAGAACAGCGCCUCCCUCUGGAACAGCUCAGAAGUCUGUUCUGCAGGACCUGGGAGGAGCCGGAGAUGCCCAGAGGAGAGGAGCAGAUGUUCAGAAACCCAAAGCAGAGGGCGAUCAGAGCAGAGGAGAGAGAGAGGCGAAACGUCCCACAGCCGUAAUGGGCGCUCCAGCGAACAGGCGUGGCGGUCGUGGCGGUGGUCAUAGGGGCAGAGGUCGGUUUAAUGUUCGCAGAGACGGACCGGUUAAAUUUGAGAAGGACUUCGACUUUGAGAGCGCCAACGCACAGUUCAACAAAGAAGAGAUAGACCGGGAGUUCCAGAGCAAACUCAAACUUAAAGAUGAGAAGAGUGACAAACCCGGGGAGAAGGCAGUGAACGGAGAGGAGAAGGCGGAGCCCGGAGCAGAGACUCCGAGUGAAACCACGGGAGAAGACGAUCGCGACCCACUCGGACCAAACUGUUACUAUGACAAGUCCAAGUCCUUCUUCGACAACAUCUCCUGUGAUGACACCAGGAAAGACAAGUCUGGGGGCUCUGGUUUUGGAAGGGAGCGGCGUCAGACGUGGGCAGAGGAGAGGCGCAUGAACGCUGAGACCUUCGGCAUCCCACUGCGCCAUGGGCGUGGCCGAGGCGGUUACCGUGGACGCGGGGGCAUGGGUUUCCGCGGUAACAGGGGUCGGGGGUCAUUCGGGGGCCAUCCUCAGAGUGGGGGCUUCAGGGGUGGAUACAGGAACAACAACCAGGCAGGACGUGAGUUCGCUGAUCUGUCGUACAGGAAGGAAAAUAAAGUGUCGGCGUAGUCCUGAGCAUCGCUGUGGGAGACGAUGAGACGAUGAGGUGUACCUUUGCUUAAAAAAAACACGGAAAAAAACAAGAAUAGAUUUUUGGUUUCGACUUUUUGACUAAAUGGAAGUUUGUAGUUGUAUCUGACACCAGCACUGGGGUAGACCGCUCAAAUGCAACUUAACUUUAACACACCUUACAGUGAUCUCAAGUUUAAUAUCAGUAUAAUCUGUUUUGUUCAAUAGAAACCCUUUUGCCCAUUUCCUAAACCUCUAUUUGAUAUUAUUUUGUUAGAGUUUGGACUUCGAGCUUCACUUAAAUAUAAAGCUUUACUGCGGAACUUUUCCACUGGGGCGGUACACUGUCGGUAAUCACUACGUCUGACGAUUUUCCCUCGACUAAUAAAGAGACUAUGGGAAGGAACAAUGUAAACCUGCACAACGUGUAACUUUUCUGGUGGGAUGUCUGCCAUCUGCUCUUCUCCACGGAGAUGUUCUAACUUUGGCUGGAAUGUUUCACAGUAUGGCAGUAAACCUAGCAGUCUUACAUUUAUUCAGUUACAGGUGCUUUUAGUACUCUUGAAUCCAUUAAAAAACAAAAACGAGAAUUUAAGUACAUGCUCAAAUCUAACAAAACCAUGCUGUACCCCCGAGUGGAAAUGUCAUCUCUUGUCUAUAUAUUUCUCUAAUGAAACUUCAGCACCAAACCAAUCCAAUAUUCUCAACUAACUCACCUUUACCUGUGUUUUCUAAUACAGUCCAGGUUGCAUUGAAUCUAUGUGAACUGUGUAACUUAUGGCACUGUAAUUUUUCACCUUUUCAGCUUUUUUGUUUAGUUGUUUUGGAAAUGUGUUGUUCAAAAUGCAAGUCUUGUAUUGUAGAAAGCAGUUUUCAGUUCCCUGCCCAAACUGGUCAGUUAAUGUUUGUUCAUCUGAAUGUGAAAUUACCAUCUAAACAGUAUCUUCUUUAGAGCUUUAAAAGUAAUUAAUUUGAGAUUUUAGUAAUUGUAAAAAAUUACAUAACAUUUUGAAACCACUAAACAUGCACUAUGUAGCUUUCUGGUGCUUGUCUCCAUGGAGAUGUGAUUACUUUGCCUGAAAUGUUCCGCAGUGUAGCACUAAAUUUAUGAUGCAUUGAUUCAGGUUUUUUUAUUGACUUGAGAAAAACUUGUAACUUGAACCUGUUAAGAUAUAAAAAUGUAAUGCCGUACUCUGGAACAUUCCAGGUAAAGCAGUAGCACCUCUAAAAUUUCAUAGUACAGCUUUAAGGUAAAAACUGACACUUCCACCAUUUAAAAGUUAAAAUGAUUCAGUCAAUGUUAAGUUCUACUGAAAAUUUAAAAGCAUUUGAUUGUCAAGAAUUCAACCAUCCUGUGCUUGUAUACUCUUAUUGGCAUUCAAUUUGUUUGCAAUGGACUACUAUAGUAAAAAGUACUCAAGUCUGAUAAUUAAAAUUUCACUUGAAUAUAAUUUUAAGUAUAUAAAUUAGCUUAAGUAGUUGUAGUGAUGAGUCAUUAAGGUUUACGUGUUUAAGCCUAUAUGAUCAGUUUAAUAAACAAAAACAAAACAAAACACUACAAUACAAAAUUAGACCUUAUCGUUUUAGAUCAUAUUGUCCCUCCAAAAAUGUAAUUUUCAAAACAAAUUGGGUACUUUUUCCAAGCAUUUGACCAAUAUGUGACAUUGUAUUUAUACAUCUUAGGCAGUGUUUUGGCUAAUGUUACCCCAUUCAUAGCAUUCAUACAGUAACUGCUAAAAUGUAUAAUUCUUCAACUUAAGUAAAUGCUAAAAACUGCUAGGAAAGGCUAAUUUGCAUAGCUAUAACUGACAAAGCAUUGAAAACUUGUAACUUAUCUUACAAAUUUGAAGUUAAUUUAAAAGUAUUUGGAGUAGUAGUAAUAUUAUAUUCACAAUAGGGAGAUGCUGUAAAUGCAUUCAUGUACAUUUAUUUUAGUUUUGCAAGCUAACUAAGCUUUGGGCAAAAUCCAGUAUUUCAUUUUCAUUUUUCAAUCAAUACAUUCUACCAUAGUUAAGGUGCUGAAGUCUGCUAACAGUUCAUCCAGUAGAUGAAGUUCACUGCACUUUUUUAAUGCUAAUAAUAAAAUGUUAAUGAUAUGUUGGAUGGUUCGUCAUUGGGAAACACAAUUUUAUAACACAGCUUUGAGUCUGCAACACAAGCCAUAGUCUCACAAAGGGCACUUCAAAAAUACACAAACUUUGGGUGCAUUUUAGGAGAUUUUUGAGCAAUUUUUGGUUAUGUUUUAAUAAUUUAAAGGUGCACAGUGUAACUUUUCUAAUGGAGGGUUUAUCAACUUCUUGUCUCCAAGGAGAUGUUAUUGCUUUGCCUAAAAUGUUCCACUGUACGGCAUUAAACUUGUCUUUCAUCGGUCAUUUGCAGGGCUUUUUAAUGCUAAGAAGAAAUUGGUCCUGUAUUAAUAUCACCUGCUUGUCUGAAAGUAGAUGCAUUAAUGCCAUAUUGAUGAACAUUCCUGGCAAAGCAAUAGCAUCUCCACAGUGACAAGAAGGUGGCACACACUUCUCUUCCAGAAAAGCAACAUAGUGUAACUUUUCAUUUCAAUAUAUAACUUGCAAACCAUGUAAGGGCCUAACAAGUAUACAGCUAAAACGAUUUACCUGUUUCAAACAUACAAAAAGAAAAAACAUAUUUAUUCAAAUUAUUUUGUUGGCUGCACAAUUUUCAGGAAUUUAAGCCACUGCCAAAACAAGCCAUAUUUGACCAACAUAAUCUGGUUAAAAACACAUUCACAGAUUUAACUUCUUGAAUUUGGUUCUAAAAAUCUUCUACCUUGCACCCAACAUAUUUAAAUACAAAAAACUCCACCUGAAGCCACUAACCUUGACCCAAGACACUGCAAAACUCAACUCAUCAAAAGUUAUUGAUGUCAACUUUACCUGUAGCAAAUAGCUCUAGCAAUACAAAGAAAUGUAAUAUUUGACAUAAAACAGUCUCUGAAAUUCUUUUGGUUUUGUUAAAUUUGGCAGAAAAAAUAUAGAAAAAGUUGUGAAGCACUUUUUUGGGGAUAAAUUGUGUUUUUGUUGAUGUAUUUCGUCCUGAGAUUGUCAAAACCAUUGUAAUUCCUUGGAGGGUAAAAAGCCCAGAAACAUAUAUUAAAUAGUUGAGACUUUCCAUUAACACGAAGCCAUUUUGAAGCAACCUUUUAAAAUGUACUGCUGGAAUAAACAGUAGAAGACCAAUGCCA